UCUCAAUAUACGUUUAUUGUAAAGGAGAAUGCAGAUGUCGUCAUUUCCUGCUGAUUUGUGGUGCUAUACUUGCUUCUGGUGGAGUGCUUAUGUCAUCUACUAUUUCUAACAAUGCUCAACUUGCUUUCUACCUCACAUUAUCUGGUGUCGGUAACAACAUUCUCCGUUCCGCAAUUGUUCUCACACUCGCCUCACAAACUAGAAAUGAUUUCAAAAUUUUCUACGGUAUUGGCAAAUCUGGUUACGGUUUGGGAAUGGCCAUAGUGCCUAUCAUCACCAACUAUCUCAUGGAAAUAUAUGGUUGGCGAGGAUCACUAAUGCUUUUUGGAGGGUUCAUGUCUCAUCUCAUACCAUUCGCGAUGUUAGCAGAUACUAGUUUAGAGAGGAAGGAAGAUAAACAUUCCAUAGAUCAAAAAGAUACCAGAACUAUUCACUCGACGCAAACUAAAAACUGCCAGAUUUCUCGAUCUGAUGAGCCUCGAGACGAAUGCUAUCUAUCUAGAAGUGAUGUGGGAGGUACCAAAGAUAAAGAACUACAAUCUUCAUCGGACUCUGAGAUCAAUGAUAAGCAAGUGCUCACGCGAUGUCAUGCUCUUUUGGAAAAGAAUGUACAUGCUAUUAAAGAAUCUGUCUUUUACCAAGACCCCUGGCUAACUGUCUUAGUUGUUACUUUGGGUCUAUUCGGGGUAAUAGAUGGUGCAUGGCAUGCAUUUUUGAUUCCCCGCGCCAUGGGUAGAGGUAUACCAACUUCAAAGGCACUUAUCCUUGCAUACUCCGCAGGAGCCGGUUGUUUUAUUGGCCGUUGUAUUAGUGGUGCUCUCCCUAAUACCAAGCACUUUGGUCAGCUUGAAUGGUUUAUUUCUUUGCUAUUGUUAAAUUGCUCAUCUAUUCUUGUCGACGUCCUCGUCUUAAAUUUUAACCUCAUGAUAGUGACAUCUUUUAUUACAGCAAUGUGUAUUGCUGAACUUAGUAUUUUGAAAGUCACCCUAUGUCAAGAAAGAUGUCCGCCUGAUGCCUUUUCUGUUGCCCUAGCAAUUGGUGAAAUCAUCUUAGGAACAUCGCAGCUGUUAGGCACAUCAAUCGCAGGAUAUCUUGCUUAUGCAUUUGCUGACUUCAACGCAUCUUUUAUCUACCUGUUGGUUGUCGAAACAUGCAUAUUCAUUGUGAUGGUCAUUUUAAGAUGCACGAAGCAGCGGACUGAGAAUACAGCAAAAGAAAGGCAAUUGAGUUCGGCUGGGCAAUAACUGUAUUUCUCUCCUCCUUCAUGAUUUUUCCUUUAUUUGUUUCGUAUCUGUCUCCAUGAAAUACGUGAGUGCUACUCUGUAUUACAUUUAAAUAGCUUAUUAAUUCUUUGAUUCAUAUUGUGAUUAUUAUUGACCAAUUAAAGAUUAAAAAACAGAUUUCGUAAAAUUUGAAUGUGGAUUCCGUGUGAUAAAUUUGUAUUUGAUUUAUCUUCAUAUUUGGGGCGGAUAUCUGAUGCCUAUCUACAGGGCGGCCGUUGACGCCAAUGAGUUCACAUUAUUCGCCAGAUUGUAUUUAUUGAAAAGUGUAUAGAAAUAGAAUAGUUGACCACAGAACCAUAUUUGGUAUUAUAGAACACCAUGUACAUGAAUAUCUAUUGAAAUUAUAAAUGUUUUCAGUAGAAGCUGAAUAUGAAGUUAUGCCUCAAAGCCAACGCGCACCUUACGACUGGUCUGCGACAUGAUUUUGGAAUACAACGUAAAAUUUUGAUGCGAAUAUUGAGACACAGAACGUCGUAAAGGUCUAAGUCAUCGUACAAAUACUUAUAUUCAAAUCUGUGACUAUAUGCUUUCAUUCUUAUCAAAAUAACAUCAUCGGAAUGACACCAUGACAAUCGUACGAUUUGCUACGAUUUAAAAUUAAUUUGGCCUUAAUACUCCGAAAUAAAGCUUUCCAUCAUCCAAAAUUGUUAUAUUGCUAUUCUUAGAGUUAAACUAAACCUCAAAUAAAAAAUACCUUUCUUUCCCCAUUUCAAAAUUUGAUUUGUUACAAAAUCUGAUCCUGGACCAGUCGUCAAGUGUACAUGUGUCGGAAUGCAAUAGAACUUGCAAUGUGUGGUAGGAUGUGUCUGUGUGUGUGUUUGGGUGUACAGCCUUCAAGGUAGAAGAUUUGUUUCUUGGAAUGCAAGAUUAUAGUUGUAUUUUUUUUUUCAAUCAUUAUUUUUAUCAUGCAUGUAUAUCAUCUUAAUUUUGAGCACGGGGGCAGAGCGAACGCGCUAGAAAUUUUGCGCUUUAGAAUUCGAAAUCGAUCACUUUUAGCAUUUUGAAAAAAGUGUUUCUUGAAAA